GCCUGGUUGCGAAUCCUACGGUUCCAGGUUCGCGAUGGCUGCCUGCAGAAGCGCGCUUAUUACGACCGUAUAUCUGGACGCUGGUCUCUCCUUCGCAUGUCUACAACGCAUUUCAACUUGUCUAAUCUAUCAAGUCAGGCAUCGCAGUUCGUAGCCAUGUCCAAGUUUCCAAUCUGCUGCGCCAUCGCUCCUACAGCUGAGCUCAACUAUAAUUACGAGGGCAACGGCAACGACGAUAGCUUCCUUGUCUUUGUAGACGAUGUAUCGCGCGUCUACGGUGUUGAAGAUGAAGACCCAAAUGUCGACACCGACUCAACCUCUGCACCUUUUGCAGAAAAAUCUGCUUAUGAAUGCUGGCUCAUGCUAAAGGAUAUGCUUGAGAAGAACGACGCCAACUGUUUCAGCGACGACAUAUUCGCCGUUCUGGACGAGAGGUCAUUGGAAGAUGGUACACUACUGCUGGUGGAAGAACCGGAGGAAGAGGACGGGGGAGAAGCGAGUUCGGUGCGUGCAAUGUUUGAGAUGUGCGAGACGCAGAUGUUGCUAUGGGUCGCUGGCAAGAAUACUGUCUAUGAAGCCAACGAGAGGGUCAAACAGACUGAAGACGGCGUUCUGAGACCUGGUAUGGAUAUUGGUGAUAGC